UGGAUUUUCAGUCUCUCUCUUCGUAGCAGUUUCUGCUCCCGGCCAUGUCGGAAACCGCUCCCGCUGAGACGGCGGCCCCGGCGCCGGUGGAGAAGUCGCCCGCCAAAAAGAAGGCCACCAAGAAGGCGGCGGGCGGUGGCGCUGCGAAGCGCAAAGCCACCGGCCCCCCGGUGUCCGAGCUCAUCACCAAGGCCGUCGCCGCAUCCAAGGAGCGCAACGGUCUCUCCCUGGCGGCGCUCAAGAAGGCGCUGGCAGCCGCCGGCUACGACGUGGAGAAGAACAACAGCCGCAUCAAGCUGGGCCUCAAGAGCCUGGUGAGCAAGGGCACCCUCGUGCAGACCAAGGGCACCGGCGCCUCGGGCUCCUUCAAACUCAACAAGAAGGCGGCCUCCGGCGAGGCCAAGCCCAAGGCCAAGAAGGCGGGCGCGGCCAAGCCCAAGAAGGCGGCCGGGACCACCCCUAAGAAGCCCAAGAAGGCUGCGGGGACGAAGAAGGCAGUGAAGAAGACGCCCAAGAAAGCCAAGAAGCCUGCAGCCGCUGGUGUCAAGAAGGUGGCCAAGAGCCCCAAGAAAGCCAAGGCGGCUGCAAAGCCCAAGAAAGCGUCCAAGAGCCCCGCUAAACCCAAGGCGGUGAAGCCGAAAGCAGCCAAACCCAAAGCCGCUAAGCCCAAGGCAGCGAAGCCUAAGGCUGCCAAGGCAAAGAAAGCGGCACCGAAAAAGAAGUAGGAAGUUGGCCUUCAAAAAGGCAACGAAACCCCAAAGGCUCUUUUCAGAGCCACCCAAAUUUAUCUGA